AUCCAGAAGAUAUAGCAAGUUUUCUCCUGUACAAAACUACAAAUGGCCAUAAUGGAAGCUCAAACUUCUCCCUCCCCUCCUUUUUCUACGGAAGGUUUGGCGCCUUGUCAACUAUCAUACUCCCAUUCAUUUAACAAUUUUUAUCACUGGUGGGUAUUCUGGAGCACAUGCGGCGAUGACGAAGGAUGCUGCGGGAAGCCUCAUCAUCUCUCAGCCACUGCUGACGGUGCCGUGAUUAAGGACAAGAUCAUACGUUUGCUAGAACUUCUUUAUGACGCACUUCCGCCGGAUUGUCUAGUUCAGUUUUGGGGUUUAGUGACAACUGGGGACAAAACGUAUUUGACAACUUGUGACCAGCCUUUUGCUCUCCAUUACUAUGUCUCCCACUUCAAUGAUCAAGACGUCGAGAAACUAUGUGAAUACAGGAAGCACUGUUUGGGGUACUUAAUACCCGUGGAUGAUGAUCAUGAGAUUGGUCCCCCUGGUCGGGUGUUCCGCAGUGGGUUGCCUGAAUAUGCAUGGGAUGUGAGUCAUUACACUAGUAGAGAGUAUCCUCAACGUGAUUAUGCGGUCGGCCGUGUUGACCAGUACUGGGCGUUGCCAAUCUAUCAUCAUCCUAGUCGGCACCUCCCCAUUGGUGUACUGGAAAUUGUAUCACCAUAUGAGUUUAGCGGAUUACCUCAAUAUCAGGUUCUGGAGAAUCUUCAGGAGGUGAAUCUGACAACUACUUGUAUAAGACUCGCGGAAGCAAGUUCAUGUCAACCUGGAGAAAUUACUACAAUUGACGAAGCAUUGAGGAAGGUGAGGAAAAUAUGUGGACUGGGUUGUGGUGAUACUGAAAUUUGGACUACUUCUGGAGAAAUACUGAGUUCUCGUCAUGGCUUGGAUUUUAUUCGGAAGGGACAAGGGGUAGUUGGGAGAGCAUUCUCAUCCAAAAGUGCAUGCUUCUGUAGGGAUAUAAGAGAAUUAAGCAUAACAGAGUACCCGUUGGUAGUCAAUGCACGAUCCUGUGAGUGCUCUGCCUGUUUUGCAGUUUGUUUGCAGAGCUCUUGCUCGAACAAUUGCAUCUACGUAUUGGAGUUCUUUUUACCUAUGUGUGAAGAAGAUCCUAGGACAUUGUUGAACAGCAUAAUGGAGAAAUUGAAAAAUCACCUCAGAAGUUCUUUUAAGAUUGCUUCAGAACAAGAAUUGGGGCAGAAAUUGACCAUUGAGGUUAUAAAGGUCUCUCCAGAGGAUAAAUUUGAUUCUUUUGAAUUCUGUAGUACUACUGGUAUCGAAUCUACACCUAGGCUUAGAGAAGUACAAGGAGUAGAAGGAAUGAUGCAACUUGAUUUCUCAUCUAAACAAGUUGAUGCUGCAAAUGGUUCUAUGAAUGGUAUCCAAGAACAGCAGAACGGAAGUGUUGGAUCUACACCUCGGCUUGCAAAAGCACAAGGAGGAGAAGGAAUGAUGCAAGUUGAUGCUGCAAAUGCUUCUAUAAAUGGUGUCCAUGCACAGCAGAGUGGGAUUGUUGGAUCUCCACCUAGACCAGAACACGAGCAGGGCUUUGUCAACAUAUCAUAUCAAGAAUUAAAUCUUGCAGGAUUUUAUGUUGCACAAAAUUCUAUGAAUGGUAUUUAUGAACAGCAAAAUGGAGUUGUUAGAUCUUCAACUGGACAGGGUCUCAUGCAAAACAUGGUCAGCAUAGCACAUGAUGAACCAAUUGUGGAAGAUCCUCAAAGAGAUGGUGCUAGUAUAGAACAGAGGGACAGUGAAGUGACUAAUUUAAAAAUGCAAGAGCCUAGUUGUACUUUAAAAAGUGAACUUGGAAUUACUCUUGAGGUUCUUGAACAAAAUUCUACGAGAAAACUUGAAGAUGCUGCAAAAAAUAUUGGAGUUAGUCGAUCUACAUUGAAGCGUAUAUGUAGGGAGUAUAGUAUUCGCAGAUGGCCCCCUCGUAAAGCAAGAAAGGUUAAUCAAGCAUUUGCUGUACAGAAAAUUGUUCAACCUUCUACUGAAGAUACUCGUGAACACCACCGGUCAGAUGCAACAAGGCUAGAAGAUGAUAAUGGCAUGUGGGUGAAGGCAGAAUAUCAAGGGUGCAUGAUAAAGUUUAGACUUCCAUUUUCUGCCCAUAAAAUCCAUUUGGAGGAGAAGGUAGCACAGCGACUGAAUCUAGCAGUGGGAAGUUUUAAAAUUGAGUAUCAGGAUGAAGAUAAUGAUCGGAUACGGAUAACCUGUGAUGAAGACCUGAGUACAUCUAUAAGCACAUUAAGCUCGCUAGGUAGGACUACAAUCAAAAUGUAUGUUAUCUCCACAUCCUUGCAUUGAUUUUCAUUCCUUUCACAAGUCUUGCAAGUUAUAGAUCGUAGAAGGCCAUGCUUAUAGGCCAUUGAUAAUGAUGGGUACAAAGCAGAUGUAGAAUUACUAGCCUAGAAGAAUGAAAGGUUUAUGCACGUUUUUGUCCUUUAUAUAUUCAGCAGUCGCUAAUGGAAAUUGUGCACGGAGCAAAGAAAGGAAAAAGUGUAAUAAAUUAGAGCAUCUGCUACAUAUUCUUGUCUCAGGGGAAAUUAAAAAAGAAAAAAAAAUGGAAUUUCAUCAAGAAAUUGGUUGUUUUGGGUCCCAAAGCCCCAAGGCCAAGUCUAUCUGCUGAACGCAGGACAGACCAACACUUGUGGUUAUCACUUAUGACUGGUUGUUGUGUAUGCAUCUAGAUUUAGAUGCUUUCAAUUCAGUGAUUUUUCCCUAUUCAUUGAUCAUUGGUCAGCAAUCACUUUUUCACAUACAUCCUUGUAUGUGUGCAUGUUCUAGGAGCUGUGCUAACUACAUUUGUGUAUGAUGUGCUGAUACUCUUUGUGGCAGAAAAUUUAAAAAUCUCGCUAGCAUUUUUGUC